AUGCCUCUUCGUAGUGUACCGCUCCUCCUCUUCAUCAUCCCGCUCUGCACCGCUGCCCAAUCCCCGGUGGUAUGUCUGGGUGACGCUCCGACACCUUCCGGCUGCAUCCGCGGCGUCGAACGCGGCACCUGGGGCAACACCAGCUACGAGCUGUUCAUGGGCGUACCGUUUGCGCGACCUCCGGUUGGGGAGUUACGGUUCGCGAAACCUGUUCCGCCGGAACCGUGGGCGGGAGUGUACGACGGGACGCAACCGCGGGAACCGUGCAUUCAAGUGAGUAACUUUGUGCCGAUUGCGCCGGUUAUCGGGUCGGAAGAUUGUCUGUACCUGAACGUGUAUAGGGUGAAAGGGGUUCGGGGGUUGCUGCCGGUGAUGGUGUUUCUUCACGCUGGUGGGUUCGAUUCGGGGACGGCGUCCCCGUUGACGUACGGGCCGGAGAAGAUCAUGGACGCGGGGAGGAAGGUUGUGCUGGUUACGGUGCAGUACAGGUUGGGAGUGUUUGGGUUUAUGUCGACGGGGGAUUCGGAAUCUCCGGGGAAUUACGGGCUGAAGGAUCAAGCUAUGGCGUUGCGAUGGGUUAGGAAAAACAUCGCCAGGUUUGGCGGUGAUCCGGACCGGAUAACGCUGGUUGGGAAUAGUGCUGGAGCGGCGUCGGCGCAGCUUCAUAUGAUGUCCCCGUUGAGUCGGGGUCAGUUUUCUCGGGUGAUCCUGAUGAGUGGUAGUGCGUUGGCGUACUGGGCCCUUCCGGAUCAGGAUCCGCUGUAUAACGCUAGGCUGCAGGUCGGUGCCCUUGGGAUAUCCCCCGUUGAUACGAUGACCAGUGCUGAAGUGGUGAGGGUUCUACGAAGUGCCUCGGCGGAGUACCUCGUCGAGAGUAUUUGGGAACUCAAGAGGACUCUGGGGAUCGAGAAUUCUGUAGUCGUGUUCCGACCGGUUAUCGAGCAGUACGUCGCAGGGGAGAGUUUUCUGAGUGAUGAUCCGAGGGCCAUGUGGGAAGAAGGUAACUACCAGCAGGUUCCGAUGAUGUUCGGACAGGUACAGAACGAGGGGAUCGUGUUCGCCGGAGAAGCGUUCCGGUUCAUGGAAGAUCCCGAUCUUUGGGCGCAGUUCACGGCUGCGUCGUCGUAUCUGAUUCCGAGAUUGCUUGGGUUGGACAGUUCCAAGGCAGCUCCUCUAAGAGAUCGCUUCUUCGGAAGUUCCACCCGAUCGGAGUGGUUCACUCCGGAGACGAUCAAUCGACUGGCUGAUAUGAUCGGGGAAGCUGGAUUUGUGUAUCCGACUCUUCGGACUAUCCGAACCCAUCUACGUACGGCAAAUACCAGCAUCGCACCAGUCUCCAUGUACCAGUUCAACUUCCGAGGACCAUUUUCGAUGUCGUACUACUAUCUGAACUACAACCGGAAGAAUGUUGGCGUUAGCCACGCCGAUGACGCUUUCCUGUACUUGUUCAGCGCACCAAUUCUGUUUCCGGAAGUUCGUCCAGGAUCACCAACCUGGAUCGUUUCGCAGAGAUUCGUGAACCUAAUUACGGAUUUCGUCCAUGGAAUAUCAACCCCAACCUGCCAAACCUUGACCAAAUGCACCAAGAUAAUCUUCUCAAACUCCGCCACCCCCGAACAUCCCUUCACCAUCGCAAUUACCAACGCACCCCAGCCCGAACUAAUGACAUUUUUGGACUCCAUGUACCACGUCCAAUAAAGUUGCGAUUCCCUGCGAACCAAAUUGUAUUACUUGCAUUCCCCCUUUCCAACAUCUCAACCUUGUACAAGUUGGUGACCUUCGACCGUGGUGCACGUGUUGCUGCUGAACCUUCCGCCGGAAGCUGCAGGAAAUGUCAACCCCAAGCAAGGUGGAAGUGGUGUACCUUUUGCCUGCUGUCUCGGAAGCACAAGCAGUUUUUGCAUUGUAGGAGGACGACCCACCCACGCGCAAAUUUCCAG